CGCAAUCAUAAACCCAAAGAGCCAACAAAAUGGCUAUGGCCACUGCCUCAUCUCCAUUAUCUUUCUCUCCAAACACUCUUCAGCUCCUCAGUGAAAAUGCGAGCCCAAGAGGCGACCGGAGUGCGUGGAGGACCGGAAGAAGGGAUGGUGGACGAGCGGUGGUUCGGGCAGGCAAAGGAGUGUCGAGCGUCUGCGAGCCACUUCCUCCGGACCGGCCCUUGUGGUUCCCCGGAAGCACUCCUCCUCAAUGGCUCGACGGCAGUCUACCGGGAGAUUUCGGCUUUGAUCCUCUCGGACUCGGCUCCGACCCGGAACUCCUCAAAUGGUUCGCUCAGGCUGAGCUAAUGCACAGCCGGUGGGCGAUGCUCGCGGUGGCAGGGAUCCUUAUCCCCGAAUGCCUCGAACGUUUAGGAUUCAUCGAGGAUUUCUCAUGGUACGAUGCGGGGUCACGCGAAUAUUUUGCAGACCCCACGACGCUCCUCGUGACCCAGUUAGCCCUGAUGGCAUGGGCAGAGGGACGUAGAUGGGCAGACAUGAUCAAACCGGGUUGCGUUGACAUAGAACCGAAGCUUCCGAACAGGGAGAACCCCAAACCGGACGUGGGUUACCCGGGCGGUUUAUGGUUCGAUCCUAUGAUGUGGGGAAGAGGUUCACCCGAACCGGUUAUGGUCCUUAGGACCAAAGAGAUUAAGAACGGUCGGCUAGCGAUGUUGGCCUUCGUCGGGUUCUGUUUCCAAGCCAUCUAUACGGGGGAAGGUCCGAUCGAGAACUUGAUGGCUCACCUUGCAGAUCCCGGACACUGUAACAUCUUCUCGGCUUUCACAUCACACUAAUGGGCGAAGAGCAGAGGUUUCUUCUUCUUCUUCUUCUUCUUCUUCUUCUUCACUGUACUUCUGCAGUCUGUCAGAUUUUCAAUGUAGAAAUUAUAUCAAUCUAAUUUCCUUGUAUAAAGUAAAUCAAAGGCAAGUAUAAGGGUGUAGAAAUUACAUGAAGAACUGUUAUUUUU